UGUCUACCGGUAAAAGUAAAUGGCAGUUGCUCAGAUCCUAACGGAAAUCCCAAUGUUUAUACACAGUGGGGACCGAUCUCUUAAAAUGCCAAUGCUUUGCUUUCAAGACUAAUAAACUUCACCAGAUUCUAGUUGAGCAGAAAGCCUAUACUUACUUAAAGCACCAACUCCAGUUCACAUCUUUCAUACAGCUAUAGCAAUUCAGAAAACACAAGAUGAAGCUCUGUGGAAAAUAAAAGUGUGUACCAUUCUUUUUGAAGAGAUGGGAAAUUGUGUUCCGGUUCACAAGUCCAAAGACUCGGCCUCAAAACUCCGAUGCUCAAGCUAUUCGAGGACAGAAUGCGUCCUGAUUCAAAAGCCUAUUCAAGAAAGCGCAGACUGUACACCGAGGCCUCGUGUGACUGGUUUUCCAGAACUAAGUGAUGAAGAGGAUGUACAUUUUUGUUCUGACCCCUGGGUAGAAUCUGAUGUUGAAGAUUUCUUCAGUGUUAACAACGAUCUUACCCCAUCUAGAAAUGAUAGUACUCCAAUCCACAAAAACAGUGAAAUUAUAGAAGUGGAAACCCCCAACUUGAUAAAUAACCACAAAAACAAAUCCAAGGUUCAACCGGUUAAGCAACUGAUUGAAUUGUUUCAUGAAAGCUUUACCGCUGAUGAGGCCGGUGGCCAUCAACAGAUGCAUUAUGGGUCAGAAGCUGAAUCUUCCCUAUCUGACCUACCACGACGUUCAGCGAAUGUAAGCCCCUAUCAUUAUUCGGUGGCAAAUUUGGUUUCGGGUGCCAGGACAAGAAAAGCUACACAGUUUGCGCAAUGCUUCCUGCCAAAGUUGGUGCAGAUCAUAAGCUUCAGUCAGAGGAAGAGAUGCUGAGUCCUUCAUAGAUGUGAAUGCACAGGCACAAGUGUUGAUCAACUGUAGUUCACAUUUACUAUUUUGUGAUUGGAAAUAUUUUGUGUUUGUCUCCUAACUGGCUGUGAAGUCAGACUACACUCUAUAAGCGUUUAUUCGUGAGAUGGGUGGAACUUAUUUGAAAGAAGAAGAAGAACAUUCGUUAUAAUUUUUGUAAGAAACAAGAUUGAAAUGCGGCAAUCUAAGUUUGAUGUGUGCACCACCUUUGUUUGUAUUACUAUCCCACUUUUGGUCUAUAAACCACUCGAUUUGGG